AUGCUCACCUCGGCCGCCUCCAUGGCCCCUGAGACGGCUGGCCAGUGCCCCCCGGGGCCCCCGGGACCCCCACCGCCACUGCUGCCCAAGCCCGGGAAGGACAACGUGCGUCUGCAGAAGGUCCUGAGGAAGGCAGCCCGGAAGAGGAUGAGCAGCGGCGGGCCGCCUGCCCCGCCCGGGGCUUUCCGCACCUUAUCCCCCGUGAGCGAGGCCAGCCACGACCAGGAGACCCUGGCCCCGAGCCCCGCGGAGGCGCCACGGGCGGUGGCCACCCUGCCCUACUCCCCCCACACCCGCGUCACCCACCACGUGGCGUCCCCCCUGCAGAGGUCCACGUUCUCCUUCAGCCUCACCCAGCACAGGAGCCUGGCUUCACACUUCAAGCCCACGGGGCCCCGGCUCGCAGCCCGGGUCCCAGAACCUGCCCAGUCCCCCUGCAGCCUUGCCCGGGUCUCAGGCCCCACAGUGAGGGGCACCCACAUCAGCCAGGUGCACUUCCGGCGGGCACCAUCCCCGCAGGCCAGGACCCCUGAGCCCUCCCCGAUGGCCCCGGAUGGUGGGCCUGGCGACCAGGACCAGGACACAGCCAUCUGCCCUCCCGGGGCUCAGCCCCUGACCCCUGAGGUCCACACCCACUCACUGCCCACCCGGGUUGCCAGCCCUCAGCACGACGAGCCCUCGGCGUUAAGUGCCUCGGUGCCCAGAGAGGCCAGAGGCCGGGUGGUGGUGUCCAUUGCCCCCACCUACCGCUCACCAGGACCCUCGCCUUACAGGCUGGCCUCUGUGGCCCCCAAAGCUGGGCACCGGGAGGAGCCUCCCCCGGCCGGCCCUGCCGCUGAGGCUCAGCAGGUCUCCAGCCCCCGCGAGGCCUCAUCCCCUGCACCACCGUCAGGCCCCCACCUGUGCCAUGUCCCCAAAGUCGCACCCAAGCCCCGGCUCAGCGGCUGGACGCGCCUGAAGAAGCAGCUGCUGGAAGAGGCCCCCCUCCCGGGGCCAGAGCCGAGCCCGGGGCACGCGGAGCGGGGAGGGACAGCCCCCACUGUCUCGGCGCCCCGGCCGUCCCCCGCCUCCCGGUCCUCCAGGAUGUGGGACGCAGUGCUGCACCGCAUGUCAGUGGCCGAGUCCCGUGGCGGCCAGGUGGGGCCCCAGGAUGGGGUGCACACCCUGCCCGGCUUCAGCCGCCUGCCCUUCCUUUGCUGGCCUCGCUUCAACGCCCGGAAGCUGCAGGAGGUGGCCGCCCAGCCCCCUCCCGUGAGCCACCCCGUCCUGGUCCUGAGCCCCCAGCCCAAGAACUUCAAUCGUUCGGCAGCUGGCUGGAGGCUCCAGUGA